AUGGAAGAGACAGUCGGUCAACCUGCAGACGCCGUCAUUGCCGCGGACCAGGAGAGACCCAUCCAAAGCGGAAGCGAUGCAGCUGCUGCAGGAACUGGUAUGCUUGAGAAAAUUUCACAAGACUAUUCCUAUUUACUGCUAUUUAGGACUUUCCUUCUGUGCUAAUGGUAACUUCUCAAUUCAAAGCGAAUACUAAUCGAAAAAUGUAGACGCUGUAUGUUUGCAACAAAAAGUUUUCUUCACUUCCCAAAACUAUCAAUUGAUACUUGUUGCGACAAACUUUUUAACACACUGUUCAAACCUAUUCUUGGUUUGCAACCACGUAAGAAGGCGAAACAAAAGAAUAUUUUCUCGAAGAAUUUACAUGAAAAUAGAAUUCGUUCCCAGAGGAGAGAAAUGCCUUUGUUCUUGACCACCAACAUGGCCGCCGUGACAUCACGUGCAAACGAGCAAUAUAUAUUGUAUACCUCAGAAGUAUGGGGUGCAUAUGACAAACUGAAUCUUGAUAAAUGGGAACAGGACCCUAGCCUGCAGAAAGAAUUCACUGUCAGUUUUUAUAAAUACUUUCUUAAUGGAUUGAACAAAAGGGCUUCCAAUGUUGUCGCUGGAAACGAAGUUGGGCAAACAUCUUUAAAACCCACCACAGGCCAUUUGCUCUAUGCGGUCAUGUGACAUCAUUUUUAUAAAAAUGAAAGUUAUAUGAUUUUUCUUUCAAAAAACUAUUAGUGGGUCAUAUCUUAAACAAAAAAUAGGGAUUUAUUUAGUUUUUCAAACCUGCACCAUUUUCUUAAAAUGUGUAAGUUUGUAGCUGGUCAUGUGACCAAAAUGUGAAUUUAAAACUAUGAAUUACCUCUUUCUGAACAGAAAUUUUGUACUUAAACUUCAAGGAAAUUGUUGAAAAGAUGAUGUGGUAAUGUUUUCAGCACAUCAGGCCUAUUUAUAAUUUGAAUAUCCUCAUAUUCUGGCAACAUUAGAAGAACUAUGCGAAAAUAGCAUUGCGAAGAACUAGUGCCUCAUCACAUCAAAAGAAUUAGCAAAAUAUUAAUACAAGAAAUCAUUUCUUUAUCUCUUCCACAUACCAAAUAUGCUCACAGUUUUGCAAAAAAGGACCAAACACAACAGGACUUGGUGAUAUUCAACAAAUAAAUAAAUUGGAAAUAUCUAAAUUAACACAAAAUAUUCUUAUAAGAUUAAGCUAAAACACAUCAAUCCUCUCUCAUUCAACUAAAUAACAAACUAAAAGUUUACUAUCGUUUCAAACAAGACAACAAUAAAUCUCUUUCCUUGGACCUUUUAAAAAACACAAAUCACCAAUGCACAGGCAGCACAGUAGCAAAAUUUAGAAUGGGGUUCGAUCAUAAGUUAACGAUAGAAUACUGGAGAUACUGCACGCCCAAAAUCCGUGAACAUCUCAACUUGUGUCAAUACUGUUCUAUAAAAUAAUGAAAUCAAAGACGAGCAACACUUCAUGCUAAACUGCAUGCCCUCUUUACCUUAAUGAAUGACAAUAUCUCCCUGAUUCUACAAGUUGCAAAUAUCCUAAUUUUCACUCAUUGAAUGGAAACAAUAUAAUACUUUUUCUCUUCAAUAAUGUAGAUCCCUUUGUCUGCUAGAAACUUGGCCAUUUUAUUUUUCUGGCCUUCGAAAAACGUGAAAAUAGAACGUUAAACAUAGCUGCAAUAUAGUUAGCAUUUUCCAUGCAAUUAUGGCCAUUAUUAUUAUUAUUUAUAAUAUAUUAUUACUAUUAUUUUCUCAUUUUUUUUCUUUACCGUAACAUAAUCAAUAUUGUAAUCGGCAAUGCCAUCUACUCAUGAACAUUGCAAUAAUUGUUGUUGUUGUAAAAUGUAUUAUGUCAAAGUUGUUUCUGCAUUAAAAUCCUUGGGUUCUUAAGUGGUCUAAUCUUGAAGUAAUAUUACAUAAGCUCGCCCUUUUUUUUUUUUUAAUUUUUAAAAUUUUUAAAAAUUUUUAAAACUAAACUAGUGAGCAGCACUCCGCGAACUGUUGCUGUAAAACUUGUUUAUUCUCCUACGCGUUUCGUCUAACUAACGUAGACUUCUUCAGGGAGUUUUACAAUCAAACACAAAACGCCUGUAUUUAAGCCAUAAUAUGACUAAAGCUAAAACCAUGGCCCCAAAGUAUUCUUACACCUUGCGUAAAAAAAUUUCACGGCUGCGCCUGUUCCUUUUCGUAAAUCCGGCCAAACCUUCAAUGUUUGCGACCAUCAUUAUUUUUAGUCAUAUUAUGGGUUAAAUCCAGGCGUUUAUAGUGUUUAAUUGUAAAACUCCCUGAAGAAGUCUACGUUAGUUAGACGAAACGCGAAGGAGAAUAAACAAGUUUUACAGCAACAGUUCGCAGAGUGCUGCUCACUAGUUUAGUUUUAAAAAUUAAAAAUUUUAAAAAUUAAAAAAAAAAAUAGAAAUGAAUAGUCCUCGUGAUUAAAUUGGGAAUGAGUACAUGAGGCUAUUUUAAUGAUAUUAAAAAAAUUCAACGAGAUUUGUUUGAAGAAUGAGAUACAGGAAACAAAACUGCAUAAUAGGCCACCACGAAAAAUACCAUAGUAUUCUCAAAUUGCCGCACCUAAACCGUACGUUCAAAUUAUGAACUGCACAAACUGCACGUGCAAUGGCUUGUUUCCAAACACAUGCUGCAUCAGUCAAUUACGGAUGCAUCCAUGCCCACCACCCACAAGCAACUGUGGGGCAUUUUCCCGGCUUGUCAGUCCCUCGGUCUAGGGUUGGGCAUUUGCCAUCCCUGGGGCCACCCCAGAGCUAUUUUGGCUCGUAUUUGCAUCCCUAUCCAGAUAUAAAUAUAACAUAGAGGAUUUUAUGGCAAACACAAGCAGGUUCAAAGAUUGGCUCACCUGUCAAGGACAGGAAAAACUUGUUUUCUUGAUGUCAAUGUCUGCAUUUCAUCAUUGCUUAUCAAGCUGGAAGUCUGGAGCUAUUGAUGUGAAUCAACACAUUUUUUGGUUAUGGAAUGAAAUUUCUGUUGAUCUAGGAUUUCAAUGAUUUUAGUGGUGAUGAUAUUAUUUUCUAAUACUACUAUGAUCUAUCAUUGAGGAACUUCGGGCAAUCCUUUGCUCGCUCUGCUAUCCCUGAGGAAAAGUGGAGGCCACUGAUCGUAGUCUAUCUCUAUUACAAAGGCAGAUGGUAACCAAAAUGAAAAAUUGGCAAUAGGCCAGUUGCACUAAGAGGUCAGGUGACCAUUACUUUCUUCAAGCAAUGAGUUGGAAUCUUGCUGAUGCCAAAAAUUGACAGAGCAGAUAAAAAUUAUCUUACGCCCUAAAUUUAAGAGGAAACGCAUUUAAGGCAGAUAUUUUAUGGCACUUUGAUUUUUCAACAAAGUAGUAUGAUUUUCAGUGGCCGCAUGUUGGAGGGCAUAGUCUUGCCCUCCAACAUGGUGGCAAAAACUACUUUUUUGCUUAUAUCUUAUUAAAUGUUUGAUAGUUACGCUCAGAUGUGCUGUAAACGUUACCACAUCGUCCUUUCAACAUUUUCCUUGAAGUUUAAGUGCAAAAUUUGCGUUCAGAAAGAGGUAAUUCAUAAAUUAUUUCAAUAAUCACAUUUUGGUCAUGUGACCAGCUAUGAACUUACUCGUUUUAAGAAAAUGGUGUGGGUUUGAAAAACCAAAUCACCAUUAUGUUGUUUACGAUAUGACCCACUAAUCAUUUUUCAAGGACAAAAUCAUAUAACUUUCAUUUUCCUAAAAAAUGAUAUCACAUGACGUCUUAGUGAAAAAUAAUGACCCAUUAAAAUGCACUAUUGACUGUGUGAUCAAUGAAAAGUGCGGCGGUGUUGAUUGAUGAUGGGGCAUUUGCCCUCUUUUUUGUCCCCGCCACGGGGCAUUUGUCAGCUCAAGUGUCCCCGUCCCCAGGAAUUUACCAUCCAAGUCAGAAAAAUUGCUAAUUCUAAUGUCUGGCGGGGGGGGGGGAGGAUGCACCUGGAAUUGACUGAUGCAUAAUUCUUUCUGAGUAUACGUAUGUAGGCGCAGUUAGUGCCAACUAUGGAAUAGGAGGCGUGCACUUAAAAGCCUUUAGCUUUAUCUCUGAUCCAUUAGUCACUUCUUUUGUUGCCGAACUACUGAAUGUGUAGAAAGACAAAAGUAACAAAGUGUACUUUGGCCAACGUUGAACGUUUGCAAGCAGAUAUACUGAGUAUGCCAAUUUUCAAAAAAAGAUUCUAAGUGAACGUGUAAAUAAGGCACAAAAGAAAAUGCAAAAGUAAGGUUUUCAUGAGGCACUACCCAAAUGACAAUAUGGUACCGUAUUUUCGCGAUUUAACGCCGGGCCCCGAAUAAACGCCCGGUCUUGGAGGGGAAGUUGUAGAUACACCCCCCAGACGUUUAUUAAUUUUAUGGUAUAAUAAACUAACGGUAUAAAGGCAAGAUAUACGGCUGUCAAGAAAAAGGCAUAAAAACUUUUCUAUAGUAACAGUAAGCUCGAAUAAACUGCAAAUUCAAACAAACGCCGGUCCACUAGGUCAAGUUUGAUUUAAACGCCGGGGGCGUAAAUUGAGAAAAUACGGUACUUUCCGCAGAGGCCUGUAAAUUUACAACACGAAACCAGUAAUGCAAUAUAAGGCCCUUUUUACAUUAAGUAGUGUUUUUAGUGCGUAGGGUUAUAAUAGAACCUUUCUGAAUCUUGAAGUUGAGUGUUUUUGCUCAUGCUGAAAUGCAAGGACAGUUCCCCCACUAUGUUUUUGAAAAUCUGUAUUAUAAAAGAGCUUUGUAUGGUUGAAGGCCAGGACAGGUAUCCCGUUAUCAAAUCUUGUUUGAGUGAUUUUUAAAAGCUAACCAUAGACUUGCUCAAAAAUUGCAAUGGUCAAUAUGAAUUAAGCGUGAAGGCUGUUUUAUGUGGUUGUGCUCUUCAUCAGGCAUUAGCACUGCUGGCUGGUUGCCUCGUGUAAGGGAAUCUAAGACAGUCUUGGACUGGAUUCCAGGUACUGAAUUUUGGAUUCUUUGUCAGUGGAACUUGGAUCCAUAUUCCAAUUAUUAGGGGGGUUCUGGAUUCUGUGAGCUGUAUUCCACAUUUCAAAGCCCAGGAUUAAGGAUUUCACAGCAAAGGUUUGGUGAAUACCAGAUUCCACAAGCAAAAAUUUCUCAGAUUCCAGAAUCUGGAUGGGGCAAAACUGGGCAUGUGAUAUGCACCGAUCAAUUCAACAUUUCAACAUGUAUUUAUCCCAUUGGCAACCAUCGCACAUUUGUCGCAAAUUUGAACUUUUUGUAGGACAGGCUUGUUCAAAUUCUCCCUUAAAUUAGGCCAAUAUAGCUGGUCAAAUGCACUUCAAUAGAGGCAACUUGACUUCUUUGAAAAACCUGGUAUUAUGGCAACGACCGUGACUGAAAAAAUCCACAACAACUGAACCACAAAAAUUACCCACUCUCUUUUCAUACAUUUCACUUCCAAAAUGUUUCAUAGCGUCUGAAGUCUUUGUUGAACAAGCCAUUCACCUUCAAAAGCUUUGUCUCUCUCCAUCUCACUAUGAGACAGCCUGCAUAGCUGGCAGGAUUAGCAGGCAAGUGCGGCGGUUUCUUGGCAUUGGCAGGCGCCACGUGAAGAUUGGAAGCACGUCUAUUCCCUCGCGGCUUCACCUCUUGCUUCAAGUGGCAGCUCGCCAAGAAAGUACCCUGGGCACAAAAUCCCGUCAGCUUUGCAGGCUAAGUAUGUGAAAGAUUUCAUCUAUCGAAUCACGAUCUCAUCCAGACACCAGAUACAAAGAAGUUAUAUUAUCUUGUCACUUUCAGUUCAAAUUCCCCACCCUUUGGAAUGUCUUUUGCGUCAAAUUCCUCAUUUCUCGCGCACGAGUGAUGAUCAAAUGCCCAGGGGAGGGGAUGUUAAAGCUUUGAAUUUAGCAGCGCAUAAUGUCUGGCAAUGAAAUAAGUGUCUCUUACAUAUGGAAGGGGGUACCUAAGGGGCCAUUUUUCUAGGAAGGUAAAAAAUUGUUAUUUUUAAAAAUAAUUUCCACCAGUGGAGGGCAGAGUAAUUAUUAUUCCUUUUUUUUUUCAAGAAGAAUGUGACAAACAAUUAGAGGAGCAGAUUGAGGGACACCCAUUUUGUGAACCUUGGGAGGAUAGUGACUUGGUACUCACAGUGGAGGAUGAUACAUUUUAUGUCCAUCGACAGAUCCUUAGUUUACACUCACCGGUGUUUAAAGCGAUGCUGAAUUCUCAAUUUAAAGAAGCCACAGCAACAGUAAUCCCAUUGCCAGGAAAGAAAGAAAAUGAGGUUUUAGAUUUCUUGAAGGCGCUUUACCUGAAAGGAACGGCUGAAAUAACUUGUAAGUAAGAUAUCAGUAAAGCAGGGAUCAGACUUGGCGCCCGAAUACGGUAAUUGCUGGGCACUAAUGUAAGCACGCCCUUUCUCAAGUACCCACGCUCUGCGAAUGCGUGCACCGUGCUAGUGCCCGAUUUCAAAAUAACGUUUGACAUGGCAAAAGGGGGUAACAACGCACAUAAUUACAGGCUGGUACUCAAGGUGUGAACACAACACCAUUUUGUGAGGGUAUCCAGGUAGUACUCCUCGGGCACCAAGUGUGGACGGCACCUUAGUUGCCUUAAUACAGUCGGAUCUUUGCACAAUGGCCAUCUUUUGAUUCACUAUUUAUAAAGAAGAGAGAAUCUCCAGAAUAGUCCGUUUUCACGAUGACGACAUUUGACUACAACUACCAGAAUUCAUUUCUUUUUUGCUUUCUUAAUAUUUAAAACUGUGAAAGGUUUAAACCCAGGAGUCUUAUUUAAAUUUGUCGAUCCCGCUGGGGAUUAAAAGACAGUAGCCCUUAACUGCACAAGAAAACAAAAAAUCUGAAGCGUUCUUGUAUUUGUCGUAAAAUGACGUCAUCGUAUCGUGCAAUUGGCCUAUUAAAUAGAGAAUCAUAUAGGAGGAGAUGCCGUUAUAAGCGCUGGUAGACAGCAGAAUGGCCCCCGCCGGUCUCUGAUCAUUACCCUUCCCGAAAAAGGUAAUCUUGAACAGUGCAUGAACUGUCGCAAAAUCAGUCUAAAAUGUCAUCCAAUCAUGCUGAAGGUGCUGUUAAACGGGCUGAAGCCCCAGCCAAAACACAAUUAUCUCGCAACAACAUACAGGCUUCAGAGCAGGACGUAAAGCAACAGGACGGAUCUUCAAACUCAGGAUAUUGAACGAGAGGUACCUCCAACAUAAUCAAGACCUCGAUUACGUCUUUGUUGAUUUAAAAAUGGCGUUUGACAGAGUGUGGCAUAAAGCUCUUUGGUCUUCUAAGAGGCUUUAUAAACAUUAGCGCAAACCUGAUCCAAGUCAUAAAGAACCUCUACAACAAGGCCACCACACAGUGCAGUCUGACUUAAUGACGACAUAGGAGACUGGUUCAGAACCACAUUCGAAAUCAGACAAGGCUGUCUGCUCUCAUCGACUCUUCUCAACAUAUUUUUGGAGAGAAUUAUGACUGAGAACAGGAAGAUCACAACGGAACAGUCAGCAUUCGAGGCGAAAAGUUCAGCAAUUUACGUUUUGCCGAUGACAUUCUGAGCUUGGCAUGAAAAUAGGAGGAACUAGCCUCUCUAGAGGAUCUCCUGAAUAAGACCCUGCAGACUUUGGCAUGGAAAUUAGCGUAGAGUAGAUCAGGCAAACUCAUGACCAACAAUUCAACACAGAUGCAUCACAACUGAAGUCAGGGUAGAACAUUGGACGAGGUUGAAAAUUUUAAAGUAUCUGGGCGGAGUCGUCACAGAUCAAGGUUUCAAGCCUGAAGUACAGUGCACAAAUGCACAGACAAGAGCAGCACCAGCGAUACUGAAGAUCAUCCGGAACGACAAGAGUAUGUCCUUUAGCUCAAAGAUUAGACUCAUGCACUCCUUGGUUGUCUCGAUGCUCUUGUACGCCUACGAAACCUAGACAUUGACAGCGGACAUGCGUCCAGAAGAAAUUGCAGCCCGCCGAGAUAAGGUGCUUUAGGACUGCUUGGCAUCUCACACAAAGACCACAAAGCCAACGAGGCAUGCAGGGACAGAAUCAAGCAAGCUGCUGCUCUGUGGCCCUAUGACGACAUCUGAACCACGGUAAAGAAACGCCAGUUAAAGUGGUUUGGACAUGUAUUUAAAUCAGCAGUGCUUGCCAAGACAGUUUUACACGGAACAGUGCAAGAAGGGAGAAGAAGAGGAAGAUAAAGGAAGAAUUGGGAGAGUAAUAUCUCUGAUUGGAUGGAGUUAAGAGUUGCGACGCCCGAACAGAAUGUGAAAACAAGAUCAGAUGGAGCGGAAGGGUUGCUAGGUUCGUGAAGUCCUAAAAGGCUUAUCGCGGGUGCAUCUCUCUCCGCAGGGUGACCAUUUUCAAUAGAUUUUAUGGACAACAAUUUCAUGGACACAUCAUCUGGUGCGACUGAGGAAAAUUGAAUGACUUUUAAGUGCUUCAAUGCUGUCCGUAUUUUAGAUCUCCCUCUACGCGCAUCUGUUAGUGAUAAUCUGGCAAAACUGCAUUGACAAUCCCUAUUGUGCAGGAGAGCCGAACUCUGCUCUGCGCCAUUUUUAAUUUGUGUAUUAAUCAGUUAAUCAUGCCUCUCAAUAUAGCUUAAACGCCUUCGGCUCGGCUGAUAACACUUACCUUGAACUUGAUUAUUUCGGUUAUCACUAAAACCUCAUCCAUCUGAUUACUAAAAUUGAUUUAAUUUCCCCAGUAAUUUUCUCAUGUAGUCGAAGGUUCUACCUGGAGCAGCACUUGACUGCCCUAAUGACUAUUUCUAACUUAUUUAGUUCUCUCGACAAGUGAUCAGAAUUAUUAUUCAGGUAGUUCCUACCUGAAUAAUGCUCGCUUUAUUUUUCUGGGUAUCUUUGGUUUACAUUGAUCUGUCUAACAUGUCUCUUUUGUCAUCUUUAUCCAGUGAAAAAAGUGAGACACCUUCUGAAGUUAGCCGACGAGUACCAAACACAGGGCGUGCUUGACCUUUGCGUGAAGUGCCUCAGGGAUGUACCAAAAUAUGAAGACAAUGUGGUUACGAUUCUGUUCCUGGCAACGGACACAGUGAUGGCAAGAAACGACUGCAGGCUUGAUGGUGUUCGCAGAGAAUGUGAAACCCUUGUUGAGGAUAUGGAGCUUGCUGAUAUCACAGGAAAGAGCGAUUUUAAGAAUUUGAACAGAGAUAGCAUGGAAAGUGUUUUAGUUAGAAGAUCUAAGCGUUUAGAAACGUGUCUUAAGGGGGUUUAUCCUCAGUUGGUUGGGUUGGUGGAAUAUUGUCUAUUCAUGAAAUUAGAUAGGUAUGCUUCAGGCGAAGUAUCUCGUUGUCCCCAACAUUUUCCACGGGGUGGGCGAAAUGUUAACAAGGCAAACAGAGAUCUCGUACAGCGAAUAAGGAAAUGCUCGGUUUGUAGAGGGAUGAUUCAACAAUUGGUUUCUUCAUCUGUUAAAAAGCAAUCUACCGCGACGGCCUCAGGUUACGGCUUUCCAGUCCUUUCUCAAAGCCUUGGAGCUGGCUCAAGAGUAACUGCCCCAAAGGAAUACCUCUAUGGGGGGAGCUACCACUUUGACGAGGAACUGAUCACACUCCUCAAGGAUAUAGACAAAUUAUAUUAA